CGAACCCCCGUUGUCCUCGGUAUCUGUGCCAUGGAUGUCAAGGCAAGAUCCAAGGCGAUGAGAGAAAUCCUGACCAGAUUGGUUGAGAGGGCCCGAGGGGCGAUCGAAGUCAAAGUUUUCGGAGACAAGGUUAUUCUAGACGAAGAUGUCGAGAACUGGCCCUAUUGCGACGUCUUAAUUUCCUUCUUUUCCACCGAUUUCCCCUUAGACAAGGCAAUUUCCUAUGUCAAGCUCCGGAACCCGUUUUGUAUAAAUGACUUGUCUCCUCAAGCUCUCCUAUGGGAUCGUCGACUUGUCGGAAGUAUCUUGGAUCACCUCCAGGUACCAACACCAAAGCGGCUAGUGGUCUCCCGCGAUGGAGGCCCCCAGGUUGAUCCGGAGUUGAAGCAGUCGAUGAAACAAAGAAUUGGCAUAGAGUUGGGCGGGUAUCAGAUGACUCCAGAGGUCGCCCUACGAGAAGACGGCGAUGCAAUCAUCAUCGAUGGGCAAGUUCUGGAAAAACCCUUUGUAGAGAAACCAGUCAGUGGGGAAGAUCACAACGUGUACAUCUAUUUCCGUGGUGGUGGAGGGCGGCGGCUCUUCAGAAAAGUUGGCAACAAAUCGAGCGAAUUUGACACCACCCUCAACUUUCCACGAACGGAUGGCUCUUAUAUCUACGAGCAGUUUGUAGACGUCGACAAUUCCGAAGACAUCAAGGUUUAUACUGUCGGUCCAGAAUUCUUUCAUGCUGAAACCCGCAAGUCUCCUGUUGUUGAUGGAGUUGUACGCCGUAACACGGACGGCAAAGAGAUUCGAUUCAUCACUCGAUUGGAUGAGAAAGAGAAGAGCUACGCGUCCAAAAUCUGCCAAGCAUUCAGCCAGAGCGUGUGCGGCUUCGAUAUGCUCCGCUGCGAUGACGGCCAGAAAAGCCAGAUUAUCGAUGUGAACGGCUGGAGCUUUGUCAAGGGAAACGAAUACUACUACGACAAAGCUGCAGAGAUCCUCGCUACCUUAUGUAUCAAUGUCUCGUCCUCACCGGGGCGGCCGCUGCCGUCCGCCGAUGUAACUUUGCAGCAAGAGUCAUCUACCUGGCGCCUCAAGGCCAAUGUGACAGUCUUCCGGCACGCUGAUCGGACUCCCAAGCAAAAGCUCAAAUUCAAUUUUCCUAUCGGAGACGUUUGGACGCAGCCAUUUGUCCGUUUGCUCAACGGGGAGAAAGAGGAGAUCAUUCUGCGUGAAAAGGAACAGCUCAAUCUCAUUGCCAUUGCCGUGGAGGAGGCUAAGUCGUUAGGCGCUAGCGGCGAACACCUUACCAAGCUAUCUCAGCUCAAUACUGCGCUCUUCAGCAAGAUUGAUUUACCGGGUACUAAAGCACAGCUAAAGCCCGUGUAUUCCAAACGGCAAGCUGGCCAAGCCAGGAAACUCACGAAAUUGACUCUAGUGUUCAAAUGGGGUGGCGAGUUCACUCAUUCGGCGAGGUACCAGUCUCGCGACUUGGGCGAGAACAUGAAGAAAGACAUAUCGAUCAUGAAUAAAGAGGCUCUCCAGAAUGUCACGAUAUACACCUCCUCGGAACGCCGAGUCAUUGCGUCGGCAGAAGUAUUUGCGGCGGCCCUUAUGGACUCUUCUCAUUCAAGCAGCAAUGGGUCCUCACCGCUGUCAUUGAUUGUGCGCAAAGAUUUGCUGGACGACUCCAACGCGGCCAAGGACCUCAUGGAUGAUGUCAAGAAGCGCCUGAAAAUUCUGCUUCGACCUGGUGAACCAGAAAAGAGGCCCGAACUCACGUGGCCGAAGAGCAUGAAGAAGGAGCCCGUGGAAGAGGUCAUCGAGCUUCUGGGCUCAUUCCGCACCAUCAUGCGUAAGAACUUUGAGACCAUGGACGUCGAUAAGAUACAGGAUCGCUGGUGUUGCGGAGAUGAACCGUGGCUAUUCCGGGAGCGAUGGGAAAAGCUGUUCGAGGACUUCUGCGACGUCGAACAGAAGAAGUUUGACCCUUCCCGCGUAUCUGAAUUGUAUGAUACGAUCAAAUAUUGCGCCUUGCAUCACCGCACAUUCCUCUUCUCAAUCUUUUACGACCACUCGAGCCAGAAUGGCGCAAGCAAAGAUGCCGGCAUGAACCAAGCCCAGGACCGCAGGCUGCACGAGCUGUACGGUCGUGCGAAGGCGCUCUUCGAUCUUGUCGCUCCUCAAGAAUAUGGCAUUGAGCCCGAUGAGAAGGAGGAAAUUGGUGUGCUCACAUCUCUUCCGCUGUUACGGAAAGUCGUGGAAGACCUCGAAGCUGCACGCAACAACGGCGGCAGUUCAUUGACACUUUACUUUACCAAAGAGAGCCAUAUUCACACCCUUGUAAACCUGGUGCUGCAUUCAGGCCUACCAAUUGCAAACAGGCGGAUUCCCGAGCUGGACUACUGUUCUCACAUAACGUUCGAACUUUACGAGCGCAACCACGGUCGUGGAAACUCUGAUAAGGAGUAUUCCAUCAAGCUUUCUGUCAGCGAGGGUGCACAUUCAUCCAAUGUGCUCGACUCCACGCUAGAUGCUCGCCAUUCUCUCAAUGUUCAGCCGCGCAGGAAAUUGACCCAGCAUCUCCCAUACAGUCUCGUCGUCGAAAGGCUAUCUAAGCAUUUCCAUAGACUACAUGAAGACGAGGACACAGGAACAGAUACCCCAUUCGAGGUGCAGCCCAUCCAAACGCCUUUUAAAUUCAGCGAUAGCAGCAGCGAUGGCGACGCAGGGCGCUCGCCUGGUUGAGGUGACAUAGACCAGCAGGCUAUU